AUGCAGAGCCAAGACGACCCCGAGCCCACUGUCCGUAUCCGCGACCUCAAAAAAGACAAAGCAGACUUUGUUCUCGAAAAUGUCGACCUUGCUUUUGCUAAUUCUCUCCGGAGGGUGAUGAUGGCAGACAUUCCUACCAUUGCAAUUGAUAUGGUUGAAGUGGAGGCCAAUACAUCAGUCUUGCCUGACGAGUUCAUUUGCCACAGACUUGGAAUGGUGCCCUUGGUCAGCACCAACUGCGAUGAGGCGAUGAAGUACAACAGGGAUUGUACAUGCAUGUCGUUUUGUGCAUACUGUUCAAUUCAACUGAUAUUGGACGUGUCCUGCAAUGAAGCCAUCACCAUGGAUAUAACAAGCAAUCAUCUUGACGUAGUAGCCGCACCCACUGAUAUCUAUGCGGCAGAUGGCGGCGAUGAGCUUACAAAGAGAACGGCUGACUUCGGACAUCCUGUUGGGAAAAAUAGACCAGGAGUGCCUCCUGUGCUUAUUUGUAAAAUACGAAAGGGACAAGCAUUGAAGAUGAAAUGCAUUGCAAAAAAGGGUAUCGCUAAAGAACAUGCCAAAUGGUCACCUUGUUCUGCAGUCUCAUUUGAAUACGAUCCUUAUAACAAACUGCGACAUACAACACAUUGGUUUGAAGUUGACGAAAGAGCCGAAUGGCCAGUCAGUGACAACGCGCGCGAAGAAGACCCACCACGCGAUGACGAAGUUUUUGAUUUCAACGCAAAACCUAGAAAAUUCUACUUCGAAGUGGAGACAGAUGGAAGUUUGGGUCCUCAGGAGGUUGUCAUGAAGGGCCUCAAGGAACUGCAAACAAAAUUGGCCAACCUUAUUUUAGGUCUCAAGCAUGAUACGGAAGUUGACAUGAUCAAUGGCCAAGACCAGCAACUUGCAGUCCCCGCCCAGGCAGCGGACGCUUGGGGAGGAGGUGGUGGUGGUGGCGGCGGGUGGGGUGAUUCGGGUGGAUGGGGCGGUAGUUCUAGCCCCUCCCGAGGAGGUGCAAGUGCGUGGGGAGGUGCUAGUCCAACUUCCGGGGGCGCUACAAGUGCAUGGGGUGGGUCCGGUGGUUGGUCAAGUCCUGAACAGCAAUCAAAUGGAUGGACCGUGUAGUCUGGAUCGUUAGAGUUAUGUUUGUAAUCUAUAUGUAAGUAGUUAUUUCGUAAAAAUCCAGAAAGUUCCAUAUAGAUCUCAGUCUCAAAGAUACUUAGCAGUGUCCGACUAUAUCACCUCGGCAAAAGAGUCCGGUCAAUUCCAGCUUAACCUCAUGAGCGUGGCUUCAUCUCGAUGAAAUCCGCUCCUGCAAUAUUCACAGCACUAGAUGAUCCGGAAGUCGGCAUAGUCAUCGCACUUGGCAUACGGACAGC